GGACUAAGCCAACCACCUCCAGCCACUUCAGACCAGCCAUCACCAUUUUCGCAACAGCAAAACUAUCCGUCGCUGCAGGCAAAGAGAGAAGUCACAUUCCACGCUACCACCCACACUUUGAAUAUUCUUCCACACAGGAGACAUCUGACCAUCGUCGUCGCAGUGCAUCCACCGCCGCUGUAGAGCCAUCCAGCCGAGCGUACCAACAUCGACCCGCAUCCCGCAUUCGACUCAGUACACUUGGGACAAGACGCCAUCGCUUCCACUCUCGUACCUUGACAGGAGAGAGACCACCACCAGCCGCAGUCUGAGUGCACUUCCCCGCUCAUCUCACCCGGCCCUCUGGGGGCGCAGGGAGAACACAAGGCCCAUAGGAGGCAGUUGAAGGAGAGACACAUUCACAAUGGCGAACUUACGGUUCGCGGUUAGCAUGCAACGGCUAAUACCGUUUCUUGGCUUUCACCAUGUUCUCAUGAUUCUCAUUGCAAUUGCGAUAAUAUUGCUAUCAUUGCUACUCGCAGGAUGUUCAUCCACAUCACCGCUCAUCCCCGGCAUCUUCCUCAUCUCCAUGUGGUACGAAAAGUUCACACCCACCUACGCACCUGAACAAGUCGACCCCGGUGUCACAGCCGCCAUUGCCAACAUUGUCGGCAACGCGCAGCUCGGCGUGCGCGUCGGCUACUUCGGUAUCUGCAUCAACAGAGACGGCGGUGGCUUCAUUUGCUCCAACAACGCUACUGCGCUCGUCGACAACGUUUCAGUCGACCAGGACCCCCUUAACCUUGUCUGGGUCGCCGCUACGUUCAAGGACGCCGUUGUCUUCCCCUACCUGCUCAUUGUCGCCAUCAUCCUCGCCUUCUUCACCUUCAUCCUCCUUGCCACCUUCCCCGGCUGGCACGAGGAGAGAGACGAGCGAACCGGAUCUGACGUCGACGUCAAGCCCUUCCCGUCGCGACCCGUCUCCCAAGUCGCCCUUGCGCUCAUCUUCACCUCAUCCAUCUUCGUCCUGGUGUCAGUCUUGUGGCAACACACAGCAUCCGUCGCAGCAGCAACCAUCGUGCAAGAUCUGGGUAACGGCAGCGUCAAGUCUGGUGUCGGUACAUCGGCCAUGGUACUUGGUUGGUUCGGCUUCGUACUCCUCAUAAUAGUAACCAUCGGGUUGCUCGUUAUGAUUCUCAGCAUCAUUGUUCUCGACCGUCUUACCGACAACGACUAAGAGGACCGAAUCGGCUGCGAAUACAUUCAAAACAUAAUUACGAAAGGAUGAGCAUUCUGUUGGCGCGAUUGUGUAAUUUGGCGCCGAGCUUACUCGGCCUUCACUUCUUCAACUCAGUUACAUACCCUUUUACCUUUUUUGGGCGACGCGGUGGCAGCUUGCUGCUCACAACAAUUAUUCUGGCAUACCCGGCGUUGGAAAUUCUGUUGCAUCAGAUCAAUUUGAUCCAUGAGCGAAGGUUGGUUUUCACCAACGAUGGUUAGACGAAGGAGGAAUGACUCGACUGAAAGCAACGCUUGGAUGGGCUGUAUUUAUGUAGUAAAUGAAAGAAUGAGAAUUGGAUACGUCAAGUCAGAACAUUUUUGCCUCAAGUUGGGUGAUGCUUGGCCGACGGGCGACGGUCAAAGAAAUU